AUGCGGGAAGCCGCGUGUGUGAUGACGCGAGCUAACGCCGGACAGCAGGCACGUUCUCGCUGCUCGCUGGCUUUGGCUGCCGCUGCGGCCCAUCGCCAACACGCGCCUUGUUAUCACGCUUCUCGCUGCUUCUUGUCUUCUUCUCCCAUUCCCUGGACGCCCCCGUCGCGGGGCAUGGCCUCCUACCCCGACUCUUCCUCCGACUCCUCCUCACUCAGCAGCGACAGCACCACCAUCGCCAUGGCCGCCCUCCAGAGCCGCCGCCGCGUCCUCCUCUGCCUCGACGCCCAGCACGCGGGCCUCUCCCCGCCCCCGCUCGGCAACCCCAUCCCCGCCGCCGCCGCCGUGCUCGCGAACCUGAAGCACAUCCUCGCCACCGCGCGCGCCGCGACGCACCCGCCGCUGAUCGUGCACGUGCGCAACGCCGGCGACCGCGGCGACCCCGACGAGCCCGCCGCGCCCGGGUGGCACCUCGCGCUCGCGCCGCUCCCCGGCGAGGUCGUCGUCGACAAGCGCAAGAACAACGCGUUCGCGGGGACCCGCCUCGCCGACGUCGUCCAGGAGGACGCCGAGCUCGUCGUCGUCGGCCUGCAGACGGACUUCUCCCUCCGCGCGAGUGCGUACCCCGUUUUUUUAUCGCGCUAUUUUUCCCGCACGUUCCCACUCCCUGGUGCGCUGGCUGCGCUAGUUCCUCCGCCGCUAUUAAUGUCCGCGCGUUCGAGUCCUUAUCUCGCCUUCUCCCCCUUCCUUCCUUCCCCCUGCUCCGCCGCCCUCGCCCGGGGCAACUCCGUCCUGCUCAUCCGCGGCGCCCACGGAACGUACGACCGCGUCGAGAUCCUCUACGGCGGCGGGCUCACCCCGGCGAAACAGGUCGAGGCCGAGAUCGAGGGCGAGCUCGAGGAGGCCGGCGUGCACCUCCUCGGCAUGGAGGACGUCCCCGCCAUCUUCGACGACCGGUGA